AUGGCACUAACAAACGUUUAUCGUCAAACGACAUCGUUUGUAUUUAAUAAUACCCUAACAAAAGGUGUAUUGAUACGCUCAUUAGUAGCAAAUGCAUCUUCCAGCACUCAACCCUCGGCUUCAUCACCAUCCGUCCCCAAACCACCAAAUCCAAAUGCUGCUUCGUCUGCUUCAAAACCAUCAGCUGAACAAUAUCCGAUUAUCAAAGAACAACAACCGCAAACAAAAGAAAGUGAGCAACAUCAAAAACAGACGCAACAACGCCUUUCACCAACAUCAACAGUCAAAGAUAGCAAAACAUUGGCUAAAGAAGCAAAAAAAUCAACAUCAUUCAUCAUGAAUUUAUUUCGCGGACAAUUAUAUACAGACGAAUUAUUUCCAUAUCCCGAUGUUUUAAAUGAAGAACAAAAAGAUAAUGUUAAAAUGUUGAUUGAUCCUAUAUGGAAAUUUUUUGAAGAAAAAAAUAAUGCAGCAAAAAACGAUCAAUUAGAAGCGAUUCCAGACGAUGUCAUGACGGGAUUAAAAGAACAAGGUGCAUUUGGAAUACAAGUACCAUAUGAAUAUGGUGGUCUUAGCUUGACAAAUACGCAAGCAGCUCGAUUAUUUGAAGUUGUUAGUGCACAUGAUUUAGGUAUAAGUAUUUGUCUCGGAGCUCAUCAAUCGAUUGGCUUCAAAGGUAUCUUACUAUUCGGUAAUGAACAACAGAAACAAAAAUAUUUACCAAAAUUAGCCGCUGGUGAAUGGGUAGCUGCAUUUUGUCUGACAGAACCGUCGGCCGGUUCUGAUGCAGCUUCAAUAAAAACAAAAGCUGAAUUGUCAUCAGAUGGAAAAUAUUACGUGUUAAAUGGUAGUAAAAUAUGGAUUAGUAAUGCUGGUAUAGCGGAAAUUUUUACGGUUUUUGCACAAACACCAGUUGUUGAUGAUAAAACAGGUCAAACGCAAAAUAAAGUCACGGCAUUUAUUGUUGAACGAAAAUUUGGCGGCAUACAACAUGGGCAGCCAGAAAAAAAAAUGGGUAUUAAAGCAUCAAAUACAGCAGAAUUAUUUUUUGAAGAUUGCAAAGUACCAGUAGAAAAUGUUCUGGGAGGUGUUGGUGAAGGAUUUAAAGUAGCCAUGAAUAUUCUUAAUAAUGGACGAUUUGGAAUGGUUGUCGGUUUAAGUGGCACGAUGAAAAUGGCCAUACGUAAAUCCAUUGAUUUUGCUAAAAAUCGUCGUCAAUUUGGUCGUACAGUUGAUUCAUAUGAAAAUGUUCAAGAAAAAUUAGUUCGCAUGGCAAUGAGACAAUAUGUAACAGAAAGUUUAGGUUUUUUAUUAUCAUCGAAUAUGGAUCGAGGUGUAACAGAGUAUCAAUGUGAAGCGGCUAUCGGUAAAAUAUUUGCUAGUGAAUCAGCAUGGUUUGUGUUAGACGAAGCUAUACAAAUUCAUGGUGGUAUGGGAUACAUGAGACAUACUGGUCUCGAGCGCGUUAUGCGUGAUUUAAGAAUAUUUCGAAUAUUUGAAGGUGCUAAUGAUAUUUUGAGAUUAUUCGUUGCCUUGACUGGUAUGCAAUAUGCUGGUUUACACUUGCGAGAAUUAGCAAAAUCAGUUAAAAGUUUUAAUUUGAAUGUUCUUAUGGGUGAAGGUACAAAACGAUUACGACGUGUGACAGGCAUGAGCUCUGGACCAAGUUUAUCGGCUCACCUUCAUCCAUCAUUACAAAAGUCUGGAGAAUUGUUGUCGAAAUCGAUAGAUCGUUUUGGUUACACGAUUGAAAAUGUUUUAAUUAAAUAUGGUAAAUCGAUACGUGAUGAACAAUUUAUCACCGUACGUAUCGGUGAAGCGGUCAUCGAUUUAUUUACAAUGGCUGUUGCUUUGUCACGCUGUACACACUCAUUUAAAAAAAAUGUAUCCACAGCUGUUCAUGAGUCAAAUUUAGUUAAUCUGUGGUGCGAAGAAGCUUACGCUAGAAUAAACACCAAUUUAGAUUUGAUCACAGAUCCAGCAUUCUUAAAACGUUCAAAAUUGAUGACAACAUUAGCAAGAGAAAUUGUUGAAAAAGAAUCGACUGUGCCCGAACAUCCAUUAGGCUUUUAG